AUGGCUGAAGUCCUAGAAAAUCGACCUGUGAAAUUCACAAUCACCCACUAUCGCCAGCAGCAACACUCCCACGAAGCAUUUAUCAAGUGGAUCGUCGAGGAGCACCUGCCUCUUGCUAUGCCCGUCUUCGAGAAGCACGGAGUCCUUGAAUAUUCACUCUUCGUCACACCGCCUUAUCUUAAUGGCGCAUUGAAACAAGAAAUUGGAGGACUUCGACCGAGCUGGGACUUUGCUGACUUCGACUGCUUCAUCGAGUAUAUACUCCCUACUGUGGAAACCAUCACGAAUGUUAUGUCGGAUCCCGACUGGCAGCUAGCGGUAAAGGACCAGGAAAAUUGGGUCGACGUCCCUAAGGCCCUAGUUUCGGCGGGGUAUUCUACCCCGUACCUACUGAACAAGAAGCCUGUUAAUAUUUCUAAAUGA